AUUUGUCAGGUUUUUUUCACGUGAAAUUUCAUCACCAUGAAAUCCGUUCUCGUUCUCUUUGCCUUGGGACUCUUUUCCAGCCAAGUAUCUGCCUGCGCGACCCCGGGCGAUUAUUGCAACGAUUGGGGCGAGACUGCUUGCGAAUGUAAUGAGGGUUACCUUUUGGAAUGCACUCCUGUCCUAGCACCUGAGAUUGACGGCGAGGGUGGUGAGACAGAAGUGCUCUGGGGCAGAGUCAAAAAUUGUCCCGUCCCAGCCGAUGGCGGAUUACAAUGUGUUAAUGGCGCUUGCACAUCUUAA